AUGCCUUUCAUUCACUGCGUUGAGGUAAAUAUCGAGAGUGGUGACCCACGUUCUGUAGCAGAGAAGUGUGCCAGCCAACAAGGAAUUGAUUUUACAGCAAUCGACAAGUGUCAAAGUGGUCCCCAGGGAAAUGCCCUCGAACAUAAAAUGGCGCUGAAGACGAACGCUCUGAAUCCACCUCAUUAUUACGUCCCAUGGGUAACGCUGAACGGCAAACACUCGGAGGAGAUACAGGAAAAGGCCACGUUCGAUUUACUAGGACUGGUGUGUAGCACUUUUCAAGGUACCAAGCCUUCUGUGUGUCAUGAAAAAGAAGCCAUACAUAGCCGCUGCUACAAAGUUGCGUGA